UCUUAUUAUUCUUCAUCUCUCUUAAAAUGGGGGAUGGGUUUCAUAGGUUUUGUUGGAUUUCUUUUUCUUGGAUUAUGAUCUUAUGCAUUCACCAAGUUCGGCUGAGUGAACCACAAUUGCAUGGCAGCUGUGAUUUUUUCCGGGGAAGUUGGGUUUUUGAUGAAUCUUACCCUCUGUACAACACAUCGGCUUGUCCAUUCAUUGAGAAAGAGUUUGAUUGCCAAGAAAAUGGACGCCCUGAUAAACUUUAUCUCAAAUAUAGAUGGAAGCCAACUGAUUGCAUGCUGCCAAGAUUUAAUGGUCGGGAUUUCUUGAGGAAGCUGAAAGGGAAAAAAAUCUUGUUCAUUGGGGACUCCCUAAGCUUGAAUCAAUGGCAGUCUCUCACAUGCAUGUUGCAUGCUGCUGUGCCACAAUCAAACUACAUCAUUAACAGAAAAAGAGACCUUUCUACCUUUUCUUUGCCGGACUAUGGAGUUUCAUUGAUGCUCUCCCGCAAUGCAUUUCUAGUCGAUCUAGUAAAAGAUAAGAGAGGCACCGUUCUGAAGCUGGAUUCCAUUGAAAAUGGCAAAUUGUGGAAAGGAUAUGACUUGCUUAUCUUCAAUAGCUGGCACUGGUGGAACCACAAAGGGAGAAAACAACCAUGGGAUUUCAUUGAAUCAAAAGGAAAGGUGAAGAAAGAUAUGGAUCGUUUGGUUGCAUUCAAAGAGGGACUAACUACUUGGUCAAAAUGGGUGGAUUCCAAUGUUAACACUACCACUACCCAAGUAUUCUUUCAGGGCAUUUCUCCAACUCAUUUCAAUGGCAAGGAAUGGAAUGGGACCAAAUUAUCAACCUGCAUGGGUCAGACCAAACCAGCAACCGCUUCAAUAUAUGCAGGUGGUUCACCGCCACCAGCUGUGACAAUCGUAAAGGAAGUGUUGAGAAACAUGUCUACGCUGGUGGUUUUGCUCGAUAUAACCGGACUAUCACAGCUGAGGAAAGAUGGGCACCCAUCAAUUUAUACUGGUCUAAAGGGAAAUGAUUGUAGCCAUUGGUGUCUAGCUGGUGUUCCUGACACAUGGAAUCAACUUUUGUAUGCAAUUCUUACAACUGGGGAAGCUUGAACAUUAUAGCUUACAAUUUUUUUUAAAUGUAUGUAUUAAGUUGAAAAAGAAAUUUAAUUCACAUUAAUGGUUGAAAUUUGAAAAGGUGGGAGGCACAAGUGCACCAUCCAGGACAGCUUUUAGUGGCAUAUUUUUGCCACUUCUGCAAAAUUAUGGCUUGAAAGCUAAUAUUAGCAUGAAUUUUUUUGUGGUGUUACUAGUGUAUCCACCUAUGGAAUA